GUUAAUCUCCGAGCCACUGAUGUGAAGCUUAUGCGCCAGCUACUCAUCAUCAAUGAAAGCAUUGAAUCAAUCAAGUGGAUGAUUGAAGAGAAGACCAUUGCCAGCAGAGGUAGCAGUUUGAGUGGCAGCCUGUGCAGCUUGCUGGAAAGUCAGGAUACAUCCCUGCAUGGCAGCUGUAACAGUUUACAAGACUGUAGUGAUGGACUGGAUGGAAUUUCAGUGGGGAGUUACUUGGACACCUUAGUGGAUGAUGUCCCAGGUCACCAGACCCCUUCAGAUAUGGACAAGUUCAGUGAUUCUUCUAUUAUGGAGGACUCGCAGCCUCUGCAUAAGCAUACCAAAAUUGAUUCUGAUGAGUACUACUGUUUUGGUUAA